UGCGGCGCUCAGAGCACAUGCCCUGACUAUGGAUUCUCUGAGUCAAGUUUGUUUUUUAACAUUAUUUGUGAUGCAAAGGCCAACAUUUGCUUUUAUAUGUGGUAUGACGAACAUCAGCGAAAUUUUGCCUGAAAGAGAAGGCAGUUUUACGAAUAUUACCUAUCUGCUCAAUGCUACUGAAAGGUCAGCAUUUUCAGGCUCUACGUCUAUUCUAUAUGAAGUGUGCGUUAACAACACCCUAACAGUUCAGUGUGAAUUUGAGUGGACAGAGGGGUCCAGCCACCCGUCUUUAGAGAAAUGGGGUCCUGGAGACGACGUGGUUUGUUCCUACGAACCCCGUUACCUUGACAACUCCAUGGUGACCUGGGAAAUGAAGAUUUCACAGCUGGUCAGUCGGUCACUAAGUGUCAUGCAGCUCUACCUGGAGAAUAAAACUCACAACAGCAAGACAAAGAAGAUUAUAAGGCGGAUCCAUAUUGCUAUUGUAUAUCCACCCCAGGUCACAAGUCUGACUGUAGACGGACAAGAAGUGAACGGCACUCAUCUCAUCAACGAUAGUCAGAAGGUGAACAUCUCUUGUUCCUUUGACAAAGGAAACCCGCCUGUUACCUUCAUUCUGGUUGACAACAAUGGGAAGGAACUUGUUAGAGGUUCAGGUCCUCUGACCUAUUCGCUUCUAGUGCACUGUGAAGAUGACUGGCCAACAGUUCGUUGUGAAGGGAAUGGGUCUAAACAGAACAGAUCUGUGUCUUUUCUUGUCAUGUGUCCUCCCAAGUUCACUGAAAACUCUAUUAAAAUCGUCCAUUCUAUAGAACUUGAUAAUAUAACACUGCAGGUCAAAGCUGACACAAAAGAAGUAGAUAACUGCCUGCUGACAUCAGUGCCAUCAGAAGACAAUGUAACAAUAAAAGUGAGCUGCACACUUACAGGUCAUCCGCCUGAUCUUGCUCUAUCUUUCUCCCUUAGCAAGAGAAUCAGCAGUAUCCAUGGAAUCUGGAUGCUAACUCUUCUCAACAAAAGAGGUUAUGCCACCACAAUGUUAAACUUUACGGAAGAAUCAAGGAGGAGUUUGAUAAGAGAAAGCGAAAUCCCAGCACAAACACCAGUAAAAGAAAUACUAAUCGGAGGAACAUGUGUUGCUGUCCUGAUUGUUGUCAUUGCUAUUAUAGGUAUUCGUGCCAUUAAAAAGGUCAAUGAAAAUAAACGUGGUAAGUUUUAAACAUGUUAUUUAAUUUUUAAAAUGUAUCCUAUUUAUUUGCAGCUUUCUCGUUAUUUCAUAAAACAUUCUUACUAAUCAUUCGCUAACCACAGGCUGCCACAGAACAAGGUACAACGAUGUUAAAGCCCUCCAUCACUUCGUCAACUGGGGUGGAAGGGCAGAUGGCCCUUCGUAUAACAAGGCUGGCCAUUUUUGUUUCUUUCAGUUAAAGUGAUUUUUGUCAGCUUCUUAUUUUAAAUAUAAUUAAGAGCAUAAUGAUAAGGCUUUCUUAGUUUGUCCCUCUAGUCAAAAUAACAAGUAAUAAGUUGAAAACCAAAUUAUAAGGAUAGCUCUUAUAACACGUCUUUCAAGGCUAAUUUCCUGAUAAUGCAGAUAAAGUCACCGUAUUUUAGUGACGAGUGAAGGCUUUGUUUGUAAACACAAUGUAUACUAGGGAAUAAAGUGGGGAAGAUAGAUUACCUCAGCAAUUCAAUAGUUAAUACUUGCGAUCUGUUGCUGUAAUGUAUACUUUGUUAAUGAUAUCCUUGUCAUCGUCAGGUCGGCAAUUCUUAGAGGUAAACAUACAGUAUGUUUUCGAAUUGACAAGGUAUAUGUGUUAAAGCAUUAAUUGUCACUACAGUAAAACUUUUAGCGUGCAAUCUAACAAAGCUUAAGAUUUAGUUAGAUAAGAUUUACAAGGCGUUUGCUAUUACUGUUCGUCAAAACAUUUAUGUGUUUAUGGACGUGUUGUUGCUCUCGUUUGUGCUUAUACAUAUCUAAUUAAAUGAAUGGAUGCACGAGCUCUUGAUUGCAUGUAUCCUGGCUUCUUGAUGAAUGCAAGCUGUCCUCCUUUCAAACAUUUCAGGAAUAAUGUAAUGUGAAUCAGAAUAAAAGAGAAACUGAAAUCGCAGUGUUUCUCAGGAGCGUUAAGUGUAGUUACUGUAGUUGUGUCACCGCAUCGUGUGAGUAACGACGUACGUAUUUUAUAUACGAGCGCGUCCGUGGUAUGAGAGACAGGACACGCCAACCUUUCUUUUCUUUGGUGAGUACAGCUGAUGUUUUGGAAUAUUUUAUUCUAGGCAUAGUUGUUGUUAAAAAUUGUUUAAUCAACUAUUUGUUCUUUCCAAAAGUAAAUCAAUGAUUAAUGAAUGAAUAAGCGAUUGCAAAAUCAUUUAGAGCAGGCGAUACAUACUUUUGUUCUUUUAAUAGUUAAAGUUAGAAGAAAGAAUGAACGGAUGCUCAAAUAUGUAGGAGUAAAUAAAAAUAUAUAAAUAAAUAAAUUGACAAAUCAAAGAAGGAAUC